GUGUGUGUGUGUGUGUGUGUGUGUGUGUGUGUAUGGGUGUGUGUUUAGUCUUUCGUUUCUCUACAGUAGCACGCUCUCGUAGCCAGACUUCGUGGUGAACAUCGUCCUGCACGGUUUCUACAGCAGAUCCACUUUAUUUAACCUCUCGUCUGCCACUGGAACGGGUUCUAACCUUCUAAUCUAAAACCUGAAGCUUGCAGGAUUUGUAAUGAAAGUUUUGCUGUUCGAUUCAACAACUCUAUAAUCAACAGGGUCUGCUGUAGUUCACUCGAUGCAAAAAGUACAGAGACAAAGGAAUUAUAUCAUCUAAGCUGUGCUGAAGUGAAGAUGAAGACUUCCUGCCUACAUACGACCCUCCUGCUCCUCUUCCUCCUCGGUGGCGCCCUCCCUGAGAAGCAGUGCAAAGACAACAGCCCAAUAAUUCAGCAAGCGGUGGUGAAAGGCAACGUUUCUGUGCUAUGUCCCAUCUUUACCACAGAAGAAAUGACCUUCAUUCUGCACAGUAGCGCUGAGAACUGCGCUGUGACCAGGAACUUCAGCAUUGCGAGACAUAAGCACCAAGUUUGCGGGACUUCAGCCCUACAUAUCACUCACCAGCUGAAUCCUGAGGACAACAGUACCAAGUUUGUUCUUUACAACGUGACUACAAAUCAGACGGGACUGUACACCUGUACAGCUAAAAAGAUCUUCCCUCCCCCACUGCUGCAUGUUAAAGAGGAGCCUCAAACCAUAGUAAUUGUUCAAGAAACACAUCAUCAGAACUCUCAUCAGUGUGAGCCUCAUGUCAGUCAUCUGUCCCUGUGGGUGGGGCUUGGAGUGCUAACCAUAUAUGGUCUGAUCAUCACAUCCGCAGCUUUUUCACUCAGGUUCCGACUGACCAAAGUGGACUUGAACCAGCACGACUACAUGAACAUGAGGCCCAGAGCCCGUCGGAGGAACCAGGGUCCAAUCCUUCACCCAACGCGGAGUUGGUACUGCGAUAACACUUCCAAAAUAGUGCCCUGCAAACCGUCCUCCAAACAGAUGCCAAGUUAAAAAAACUAAUCCAGAGAACUACACUGCCAUCUACUGGCACAUCCAAGCUGGUAGUUAACCUGAGAACAGUCCACAUUCUGACACAAUGCUGUUCAUACAGUAUUUCUACAUGGGUAAAUACCGGAAAGUAUUUAUUUAGGAUUGCAUUUAAGUACUAGGAUUAAGUAUAAAUAUUUUAUAAUGAUAGAUAAUGAUACUGACACUUGAUAGUUUCACACUUAAAAAAAAAUCUUAGGUAUGUAUUUUUUGUAAAUUUACGUAAGUAGAAACAGUAUUUUAGAAUACUAUAUAUAAACACAAUACAUUUUUAUUAACCUGCAUUUUGCUGAUUGGAUUCUACUUGUCCACAUAGAUCAUCUAAACCACAUUGGCCUUUUUUACACCAGGUUUUGGUGAUUGGGUUACAUUUAGAUUUUUGUUGCUGUAUGAAAAGCCAUGUGUGAACCCCUUUAGGACACUUGUGCUCAGACUAUGGAUUAUACUAGUGUAUUAUUUAAACCACAUUUGGGCUGUUUACACCUGACAUUAAAAUGCAUUUUCGGAACACAUUCAGAAUUUACUUGUUACUGGCCAGAUGUAAACACUCCCGAAUUAAAUUGUAAUCGGAUUACAGUCAGAUCAUUUAAACCACAUUGGGCCUGUUUACACCUGGCAAUAUCCUGCAUUUUUGUUAAUUGGAUUCUAUUCUGAUUUUACUUGUACACAUGAAAAGGUGCAUCAUGACCCGAUUACGAUUUGAUAAUCCACAGACAUUAGGUCUGUUUACACCUGCCAUUAAAAUGUGUUUUUGGUGGUCAGACUACGCACAGAUUUUACUUGCCCAAACACAUGAAAGGUCAGGUGUAAACACCCUCAAGAUGCAGUUUGAUUGGAUUACGAUUGGGUCAUUUAAACUACAUAAAGUCUGUUUACACCUGGCAUUAAAAUGCAUUUUUGGUGUUCAGAUCAUGUUCAGAUUUUUCUUGUCUGUAUAAAAUGUAAGGUGUAAACAUGCACAGCACGGAUUGAGAAUUAGAAUAUUUAAACCACAUUGGGUCUGUUCACACCUGGUAUUGCUGCUGCAUAUACAUUAAAAUGCUUCCCUUGUGUGACCAGAUAUCAUCUGUUUUUGUGAACAGAAUCUAGUCAAAUUAUAUCCAGAUACUAUUCAGAUACAAAACACAUUACUGCUAGAUGUAAACCGGUCGUAAGAGUCUGUAAUUUUGUAAAUGUGCAGAUAUUGUAGCAAAGCUGUAACAGGCCUCGAGUAUUACAUGUUUCUUUUUACAAAUUUUAAGAGUGUUUUUUGUAGUUUUGAUGUCUUUGUAAAUAAUAAAUGUCUGGAUAAUCAAUU